UUCCUUGUGAAUCUGAAAGAAUGUGUAGACUUUCCAAGAUACAGUUUAUGUCGUCCUGUCAUCAGUCAUAAUGUCUCAGAGGCCAACUUAUCUGGCAUCAUAUUCAUUGAGUACCAAUGCAUAUUUUCAACUGGUUGGAUUACCGAAAUAUGGUUCCUUUCCCCCCACCUUUUGAUGUUCCCAGACUCUCUAUGUUUAACAAAGGCUUUUCAAGAGUCCUUCGGUAGAGACAAGAGAGAGGAAAGGGAGAAAGGUAUUUAUGGGGUGGGGUCAUAAACCUUACCCAAAUCCCAACGUCAUGACACUGUCAUCUGUUCAGUAAAAGGCUAGUUAACUUAAUAUGGAGAUGUCAUUCACUGUCUCUCAGUGUUCUAUGUUUGUGGGUACAAUGAUAUUGAUGAAGGGAACAUAAGUCUUAGACAAUAUUCGAGAUUUAACACAUCGCCGUAGUGUGAAAUAUUAUUCACAGACUUUCCUCAGCCUAGUCUGACAGUGUGUCCUGCAGUCAUCAGAGAGAGAGAGACUCCGUUUAGUUAAGCUGAGCUGUCUGAAUCCUCCUUUUGUCUCUGUAACUCAAGUGUUUCUUCUACAUAGUGGGAAGAGUGAACUUACUCUAGCUUCAUUCUGUAGACAUACACUCACAGGAGCUCAGCUGCUCAGAUGAACAGGUCAAAGUUCACCAGCUGAGGUCAAAAUACAAUGGCAGUACAGUGCUACAGGUUCACAGUUUAGAUCCAUAUACAGUGAGCCUUCUGCAGUCUCAAUGCAGGGUAAGAAGACUAUUUGAAUGGUUGUAAACCACAUACUAUUGUGCCAUGACAACCAUGUUCCUCUUGGGAUAUGUUAUCAUACUGUGUGUUGUCAUAAUCUAUUACAUGAAGCAACUAAGGAAUAUAUUAUCUCCUUAAUUUCCCAUACUGUCGCUGUAUGAGGUAAUGGACUCAAGAUCCGUAAAUGGAGGGUAUGAGAGUUAGUCAAGUAAGCCCUUUUUCUACUUAGCCAGAGUCAGAUGAAAUCAGGGAAACUAAGGUGAAGGUAGUUUCGCAAGUUAUAACUAGUGCUAACCCUAGUUAGCAAAUAAAAUCCACAAAAUGCCAACCCCUUAAUUAUUCUAUUCUCACAGACCUUCCUCAGCUGAAAGUGAGUUCUGGAGUCAUCAGAGAGAGAGAGACUCAGUGCAGCUGAGCUGUCAAACUCAAAUGUAAUUGAAGCCAUGGAAUUAUGCAACAUAUCAGCUGUUAAAGACAAAUAGACUGAGACAAAAAUAGUAACUGAGAAAUUAUUCUGAAUGUUCCUCUGCAACAUUAGCCACACUUUCCAUAUGAGACUGGUUUCUGCUAUCUGUGGUUUUCCUGUGAACAAGUUCCACAUCUACUUCUCUAUUCAAACAAUCCUCUCUGACACAGUCACCAUCUUCUGUGAAGUCAGACUAACAGUCUGUAGAUGUCUGAUAAAUGGUGUUGUUCAUCCCUGAUAUGGCUGGUCAUCUGUUUUUGGUCAUCCUCCUUUUCGUCACCUUCCAAUACAUCGAAGCCCAAGGUCCUUAUCCAAAACCAGACAUUACAAUCACAUUUGAUGAGGACCUCAACAUCAUCUGUUUGAUUCCUGGAUCCUUCAGUCCUGACACCACCUGUAACCUGUAUGUUGGAGAGGAGAGUCAGCCAUCCUUCACAGUAAAGAUCAAGAAUCGAAAAGCUACCUCAGCACCCGGACAGAAUUUCUGUCAAUUCACUCCAAAACAUAGUGAUCUGAUCAGUCGUCUACAGUCAGUGAGGCGUAAGGAGGUGAGCUGUGACUACAGAGUGAGCUCAGGACCUAACUCUCUCUCACCACGCAGUGAUGGGUACAGCUUUGCACGUUCAACUGUUAGUUCUACUUGGACCCCAAACACCCCAGCGAGACCAACUACCAAUAGUCCCACUAAAUGUUUGACCUCUCGUUUGACCCCCAGUACAGCACUGAAUCCAUCAUCAGGUUCGACUGUUAGUUCUACUUUGACCACUGACACUCCAAGUAAAGGUCAAAGCUCCACAGACAUUGUUGUGAAUUCAAACAGUCAAGAAAGCGUUCCAGAUUUGACUGUUACUUCUACUUUGAUUACUGGCAUCACAGUGAGACCAAAUACCAGUUUGACCUCUCCUUUGACCCCCAGCACAGCAGUGAAUCCUACAUCAGGAGGUCAAAGCUCCACAGAAAGCGUUCUGGCAGGUUUGACUGUUACUUCUACUUUGACCCCUGGCAUCACAGUGACAACAACUUAAGAUGUAUUCUCAUCACGCUGCGCCUUGGUCUCAUCGCUAUAACAAACGUGACAAUGGCUUCUGGAGUGGGCAUGUUCCUGAUGGGAUUGACAGCUGUCUAUCUUUGCAGGAGGACCAGUGAGUACUUCUGAUUCUGCAUAAAUGUUCCCUUGUCAUAUUAAUGUAAUUGCCUUUGACAUGGGUUAAUCUUUCAACUCAUUUUGGUCAUAUUGUGUAGGGUAGGCUAUAUUCAAUCAAAAAAUAUUGCCUGAAUUGUUUUUCAGAGAAACAAUUCUCAGAGGUAAGAAUUUCCUUGUGAAUAUGAUGCAGAUUGUAUCAACCUUUAGUUCUGUAUUGUCCAUGAUGAGAUGUUCUUACCACAACCUUCUGAUACUUUUAUGUUGUACAGACCUACAGCCAGACAGGAUGAUCACAGUCAAUCUAUGUUCCUAACAAAGUAUCAAGCACUGCACACACUGCUAACACAACUAUACACAUGCAGGUACAGACACAAAUUGUCAUUACAUGUUCAUUUUGUUUCUGUUGUAGGUGAUUUGUUGAUAGGAACUGUGGGCAGUGCAGGCAUGUUUGAUUCAAGGGAUUCUGGGAUCUAAUCUCUCAUCACCUAUGUACCAUCCAAAUUAUUGCCCUCAUGUGAGUUUGUAACAGAAUGCCUUCAGUACCUGUCUUCCCGACCUGGGACGAGAAUUUGUUACCCUCAGCACAAUAACACUUUGUCACUCAAUGUCAACUGUACUAACAUAAAACUAAAAUAACUAAAAUAAGGUGUAAGUCAGAGCAUCUUGAAAGCUUGAGAACAGAGCUGUAAGUCUACAGGAUGGUUUGAGUCAGGAGGAGAAGUGUGAAGGUACAUUAAGCACAGCAAAGUAACACACACAUCCAAACUUACAGUACGUGUGAGGGCAAACACACACAAACACACAUACACACAAACUCUAACUCAGAGUUGUAUAGGCCCUGUUGAAGAAAAUGGAAAGUCACCUGAAAAUGACAAUGUAAGUUAAGAAUCACCCACUGUGUUUGGUGACUGUGAUCGACUCUCAGUUUUCAGAUUGAUGUUGCAUCAUUUUAGAAUACAUUACAUUUACAGUACUGUAGAAUUAAUCGACUGAAGUUAAACUGUUUGUUUCUUUUCUCUAGUCUGAUACGUACCACGUAUACACCUCAAUCCCCAACAGACCAGUAACCUCAGCCCAGCAGGCAGUGGUGUACAGUCUUCUGCAGACACAUUGACACUACACCUCUGCCAUUCUGUAGCUGAAUCUUACAGAAACACUCUUGCUUUCAGGAUGUCCUUUAUUUAUUAAACAUCAUGCUACUGUAAAUAAGUAUCUAAUACAUCUACUGCUGUACCGUUUCUACAUAAGCGGACGCCAUCCCAUUGUAAAAUGUGUAGAACUGCAGGAAAUUAGCUUUAAAACGAACCAAUUCUCUCCGCCCCAUGGUAGAAUGAGUCGAAUUGCAGUACGAUAACAUUAAAGCCACUAAAAUUGGGGCCACUAAAAUGUUUUGCCUGCGAGGUGGGCAAAUCUCGCUUAGGGACCCCAAAUUGCUAGAAUCUGCUCUUAUCUACUGUAUCUCACAUGGACACCUAGUUUCUGUUACAUGCCUAUCCAUAAUGAUGGUUACUGUGUUAGUGUUUUUAUUCAGGGGUUUUGGAGGGGUCCGGGGCAUACUCCCCUUUAAAAAAAAUGUCUCAUUCCCACCCUCCAGUAAAUGCUAAAUUUAUAUAUAUUCUGUCAUCUGUGUUAAAAGUUAACAUGGGAGAUUAGCCUCGUUUUACCUUUCUGAUAAGACUCUUGAGGUACAGUAAAUUCAAAAUCAUAUGCUUUUUUUGCUCUGUUUGAAAUAUUCUCCUCUGUAAAACAUAAAAGCAAACAGAUUAAAUUGACUUCAACCAUUCCCUCGUCUUUGUUAGUACUUUAAAUUUUUCGAUCUUGAUUAUUAUAGGUAACAGUACAUAUUUUUAGCAUUAUCUAUGUUAUUUCAGGCCAUUGGUGACGAUCCAGGUUCUAUUUAUCGUUAAUGUUUUUUUCAGUCCAUAUAACUACCUUGUCAUCGAAACAGACAGUCUGCAGAUCACAUACAAACCACGUAUCCAUACCUACAAACAGGUGCACACACACAC